AUGAAGCAGCUGCUUCGCAGAGCCAGCCGCCAUUCGCAACUCCGGCCUUUAUCGAGUGCUGCGCCGGCUCUCAGCGCGCUUCCUCGGCUGGGUGGGCUUGGUUUCAGAGAGACUCGGACACCGCAGACACCACAGCUGUCAGCUCUUCUGGGGCGUCGGCCUCCCUUUGUACCGGGCGUGGGCGGCGUGGGCUCCGGUACCCGUGCAUUUGCGUCUGCAAGGAACCAGUCCUACUACCAAGUGCUGGGUGUGUCCUCGUCAGCCUCGCAGGCAGAGAUCAAGAAGGCAUAUCUCGGCGAAGCCAAGAAAUGCCAUCCAGAUUUAAAUCCUUCCAAAGAUGCGAAAGAGAAGUUCCAGCAGUUGGCGGAAGCAUACCAGGUGUUGGGCGACGCAGACAAGCGCCAGCAAUACGAUCACUUCCUCCGCGAAGGAACUUCGCAGAGCUUCAGUGGAGCCCGGCGAUCACAAGGGGGCCCAGCCCAAGGCUUUCAGGCUGCUCCGCCACCGAGCGACCUGGACCCCUUCGAGCUCUUUCGGGCUGUGCUGGAGGCACUGGAGCUCGGCUCGGAACGCCUCAUGGGGCGUGUGCGCGCGGUUCAGAAGGAGGCCGGCGAUGCCAGCGUCGCCGCGCAGGCCGGGGACUUUGCGCCCGCCAAGACCUUCAUUUGGAAGCACAAGGGCCUCGCAGCCUCCGUGCUCUUGCCCCUGGGCAUCAUCCUGCGUUUUCCGGGCCUCAUUGGAAUGGCCCUGCGGGUCCUGGGUCUGGUCGCCGCGGCCACAUUGCAGAACCCAGCCAUGCGCGAGAUGUUCGCCAGAUGGACUUGGAUCCAGUGGCGCUUGCUGGUGCAAAGAGCUGCCAGGCGGGCUCACGAAAAGAAGCGGUGA